GUCGGUGCGAGGCGAGCCGCCAGCCUGCGUGAUACCACUAGAAGUUUUUGUUUAAUUUGCUGAUCGGAGGCGGGCUGCAGGGCUGCAGGAGCGAGCGGGGAGAGGCUGACAGGAGGGAAGGGAAAGAGGGGGAGGAGGAGGAGGAGGGGGAAAAGGCGAGUGGCAUUUAGCGAGGGCACAGUGAUCUGGGCGCCGGGCUGCGGAUACAUGUCAGCGGCUGCAGGCGCUUGUCACUGAACCGGACAACAGAGCGGCAGCUGUUUUGCAAAAAAAAAAGCUGCAAGUUGAACAGUGGGUGACAAUCCUUGGCGGAAGAGGGAUAUGGGAUCCAGCUGAUCGUCAUCGAGCGAGGAAAAAAACCGGCCAGACGUCCUAACAGGAGGAAACUGGCGUGAAACUGAAGCACUCGCUGCAACAUCGAACGUUCACCGGGCAAGCCGGGCAGACGAGCAGCAGGAGAUGUCUGUGCCAAAUGUACUGGCUAAAGCCUUGUAUGACAAUGUGGCUGAAUCACCAGAUGAACUUACAUUUCGCAAAGGGGAUAUCAUGACAGUUUUGGAACGGAACACAGGAGGCUUGGAUGGCUGGUGGCUCUGCUCACUACAUGGACGGCAAGGUAUCGUGCCUGGAAACCGGCUAAAGAUCCUGGUGGGAAUGUAUGAGAAAAAACAGCCAAAUUCCAGCCCAGCACAACAGCCCCCACAAUCACCACAGCCUUACCAGCAGCAGAAUGUUUACCAAAUGCCAUCCCAAUCCUCACAGUAUACAGCUAUGCACCCUGCUUACGUACCCCAGGGAGACAAUGUCUAUAUGAUGCCCUCAUCAAACAAGGUACAGCAGAGCUUGUAUCAGGUUCCUCCUGCACUGCAGAAACAAUCAAACAAGUACCCAGCUACCCCAACAAAACAACAGCAACAGACCAUGUAUCAGAAGACAGCAUCUCAAGGCCAUUUGACCCAGUCCAUGAACCCAACCCAGGAGAUUUACCAGGUGCCUCCAUCUCUGAAUCAAUCCCAGGACAUCUAUCAGGUACCAUCGAAGAGUCCACCUCAGGAUAUCUAUCAGGUGCCCCCAUCCAUGGGUCCUGGACAGGAUGUCUACCAAAUACCUCCAUCCAUGAAUCCAGUCCAGGACAUCUACCAAGUGCCCCCAUCCAUGAAUCCAGCCCAGGACAUCUAUCAGGUACCUCCUUCUCUGGAAAAGAGGAAUUGGGAAGGAACAAAGCCAGUCGGAAAGGUAGUCCUUCCAACUAGAGUUGGAGGAGUUUAUGUUUAUGACACACCUCCACAGAUGGAACAAGAUGAAUACGACAUCCUCCCAUCUAGAAAUCCUCCUCCGGCUACUCUGCAGGAGAUUUAUGAUGUCCCUCCAAAUAGAGGAGGAACAGAAUCUACUGGCAAUCAAUAUGGGCAAGAGGUAUAUGAUACUCCUCCAAUGGCAAUGAAAGGUCCUAACAACAGAGAUAAGUCACAGGAAAUUUAUGACGUUCCCCCCAGUAUAGAAAUGAAUCCACAACACCACCUCCAGACUCAACAAAUAGUCUACGACAUCCCACCAUCUGUAAGUAAGGAUGUUCCCGAUGGCCCUGUCUCGGAAGAUACGUAUGACGUUCCACCAUCAUUCUCUCACAGGACACCAAAGAGUGUGGAUUCCAUGAGGUUUGCACCUCAGACCCCUGCAGCACACGACAGCUAUCCACUCGAUGAUGUCUAUGAUGUACCUCCACCAGCCGGGAAACUUGCAGACACAUCCCUCAACCAGGAAAUCUACGACGUUCCUCCAAGUCAGAAGAUACUUGGAGGAUAUCAGACGUCCAUACAAGAUGUUUACGAUUUCCCGAGGGAUCUAGGUGUUCCAACCUCUGGAGGGAAGAUCCCCUCCACUGAAGAGUCUGCUGGGGAUUAUAUUUAUGAUGUACCGCCUCAGGUGUGCAGAGAUGCCGCAACAGAAGAAAUCACCAACAGUUUCAAAAGACUUUCGGCUUCCAGCACAGGGAGUACAAGGAGCAACAUUUCAACAUCUUCCCUCGAUGUCAUUCCUGUUAAAGAAUCUUCAAAUGCCUUGCCCAAGCCAAGCAGUAAGGAGCUUAACCUGGACCUAGAGGUAGCCAUGGAGAUACUGGCAAAGCAUCAGCAAAGCGUGGAGAGUUCUAUUUCCUAUCUCAUGUCCUUUGUUGUCACCAGCUGGAGGAGUCGAGAGCAUAUGGAGGCCAACGUACAGAACAUCAAGGCUGGGGUUGAAAGAGUGAAGAAUUCUGUGAAGGACCUUUUGGAGUUUGCACGCGGAGCUGUUGCAAAUUCCACCCAAGCGACUGACCGCACUUUGUACACGAAGCUAAGCAAGCAGGUGCAGAAGAUGGAAGAUGUCUACCAGCUUUUACUCAAGCACAGCCAGGCAUUGGACAACAGCAGCUGGGCGCUAAAUGUUUUAAUAAUCAACAAGCAAAACUCCACUGAUGACCUUGACCGAUUUGUGAUGUACUCGCGGGGCAUUCCUGAUGAUACCAAGCAGCUUGCCUCUUUCCUUCAUGGCAAUGCUUCAUUGCUCUUCAAACGGACAAAACAGCAGCAGGGAGAUAACAAGUCCAGUGUGCCCCUGCCUGGCCUCGAGAGUGUCAGCCACUCAACAAAUAAUAACAGCAUAACAAAUUACCAGACGGGAUUAACAGACAAGGCCAACAUUCAGGCGAGGCCUUUACCAUCCCCACCAAGGUACACGGCUGAAGGGUCUCCGGACACGCAGUAUGACAACAACGGCAGUGGGUGGAUGGAGGACUAUGACUACGUUCACUUGCAGGGCAAGGAGGAGUUUGAGAAAACACAAAAGGAGCUGUUGGAGAAAGGGAACAUCAUACGACAAGGCAAAGCCCAGCUUGAGCAGCAGCAGGUUAAACAGUUUGAGCGUCUUGAGCAAGAGGUAACAAGACCUAUUGAGAAUGACCUGUCAAACUGGACCCCAGUGCACCAAUACGGGCAGGUUAAGAGCAAGCUGAGCCCCUCGGACAAGCAGCUCCUUUUGUUUUACUCGGAACAAUGCGAGUUAAAUGUUACCACAUUAAUCAAUGCCAUCGAUGCCUUCUUCACAUCCAUUAAUACCAACCAACCCCCGAAAAUCUUCGUGGCUCACAGCAAGUUUGUCAUUCUCAGUGCACACAAGUUGGUUUUCAUUGGGGACACACUCUCUCGUCAGGCUAAAUCGCAAGAGGUUCGCAAUAAAGUUACACACUACAGUAACCUCCUUUGUGAGAUGCUUAAGUAUAUUGUCAUCACAACAAAGACAGCAGCAUUGCAAUAUCCAUCUGGCUCUGCUGCCAAAGAGAUGAUGGACAGAGUUACUGAACUGUCGCACUGUACACAUCAGUUCAAGAUGAUGCUAGGCCAGUUAGCAGCCAUGUAAAGCAGAAAGGGAACUGCAGAGAAGACUACAUUGCAAGACUGAAAUCAAAGACAGCUGUAAAUGGAUUAUUGUAAAUAUUGGCCUUCCACCUACCCAUCCAGGGAAGAGAGCUUUUGUUUUGUUAGACUCCGCUGUUUCUUAUUAAUCAGAAGGAUAUUUAAAUUCUAAAUGCUGUAGUAGUUCCUUUUUCUCUUUUAAGUGUUCUUUUAAGAUUGUGUUCUGUAAUACAAAAUGGAAAUAAUUUCGUUGUUGAUUUUAAAUUGUGAACCAAUGAGUUCUAGUUUAAACAUCAUUAAAAGUGAAAGAAGGAUUAUUAGAGCAUUAAAAUAGAGCAAUUUUCUACUGUGACAAUUAACUAAGUCACUUUUUCAUUGUCAUGGGACUGUUUUAAUCAAUGAAACAUCUCUGCCAAUUUAAGAGUUAAAAUUCUGUAUAACAUCAUUAACAGCCUCUCUGUGGAGGGGCAAAGAAAGUGGGGAGCUAACAAGCAGAUGGUAACCUUACCUGUUCCAAUUUCGUUAUAUGUUUUAAAAAAAGAAAUGGUAUUAAAAGUUUUCAGAUGGAUUUGAAUCAUACCUCAGUUGGUGGGCAGUAUGCGUUCCAUUGCAUUUCAAUAUUCGUGAUUAGUUUUGCCAGCCCAUUUCAGAAAAUGCAAAUGAAUUGGUGCCUUGAAAUUAUUAAAAGCUUCUGCUGGUGAACAGAGCUAAAAUCGUUUGCAGCCUGCAUUCACAUUGGAUCUCAUGGUGUGGGGAAGCAAAAAAUAUUACUGACCUUCAGUGUCAUUUUAGUGACGUAUUUAAGUUUCUGUGUCUUUUUUAUACAAAAGUGUAUAAAAAAAAUUGUGUUUAACAUUUGCUAUGAAUAUAUUUGCAGAAGUGAUAUGUUGAACAGACCAAGUUGGGUUUCAGCUGAAACAAUGACUGGAAAAGUACGAGAACUUCAUUUGAACUUUUUAACCAAAGACUGCCUGAGGGCAUCAGACUCUACCAUUAUUGUUGGAGCUGCAAUAUACCAUCAAUUUGCUUCAGAGCUGACAGCCUUUGAUCAGUCAAUUACUGGAGUCCAUAAUCUUAUUACAUUACACUAGUUUGCAUCCCCUUUACAUUGCAGAAGAAAUGUUGACAAUUGCAGCCAUUUGGGUGUACUCUACUUAAAUGAGUUUGAUGGAUCGUUAUUAAGCUUUAGUUAUCCAAUCUGCAUGUGGUACCAUCUAGCACACUCCAGAUUUUUUUAUAUAUAGAAAAUUUUAUGUAUGUUUGAAAUUUAAAUGGCUGGUAUUUGAUGUAAUUGGAGGGUUAUAACCUUGUAAGAAAUGUAUCUUUGUUUGUAUAUGUCUGCACAUUAUAUGAAUAUAAGCAACUGUGUCUGACAAAUGCUGGUCAAAGACUCUUGAUCUUGCCUUUGUGGAAAAUAGAAUUCUGUAGCCAGAUUUUACUCAAUGGAUGAGUGGGCACCGAGCUCACAUGUGCCGUGCACUGACUUGUACAUGGACAGAAGAGGACAAUGUAAUAAACCAAAUCUUGGCACAACAGUUCUGCAAUAACUAACAUUGUAAAAUAUUUCCAACACAUGGGCUCUCAAGAUACUCCCCAAUGGUGCCAGGUUUAACACAGCACUGCUUCAGUAAGUUAAUCAGUUAGAAACCAUUGCCCAUAGUGUAUAUGUUAAAAGUAAUCCAAGUUAUGGGUUAGGAAUUGCAAUGUAAAAGGGGUUUAAAGUAAAUCUGACAUUAAUAUUCAUUGCUGGAGCUUUUACAGUCAUGCUAGAAACCCCUGGUAGUUUAAAAACUAUUUUGUAUUUUAUCCUUCUAUUUUGUUUCUGAUCUUAACACUUUGGUGAAACACUACUGUAAAUGUGAUGUAUUCUUUACAGUGCAUACUGGUUCAUAUCCAUCAGAAGUUUUAUUUCUCUCGCACAGUGAUUGGUUUAGGGUGGCUGUUGACUUUUGUAUUAUAUUCAACUGGAUUUAUUUUUAAUUAUUAAACAGGCUUAAGAAC